AUGUCUUGUCCCCAUUGCGGGCUAGCGUAUCCCAACCCCGAAAUCGACGCUUACACCCCCGACGAGCUCGAGCAACUCGACUUUCUACAUGCACUAGGCAAUUGGGCGUGGGAGGCCAAAUGCGCCAAGCGGCUCGCCAGACUACGCGCCCCUUUUGAACGCCUGCAUCGUCAACGCCCAACCUUUGCUGAGGCGUUGGGGGCGGCGGCGCGGAAUGGGAUGAACGCGUUCGCGAGUCAACUCGUCGCUCACAUGGACGCCCAACAGUGUCGCAUCAAUGAAAACCUGAACAGUCUCAAGCUGCACAUCAUCUGCAAUCUGCACGGGCACAAUGGCCCCCGCGCGUCCGAGGCCUGGGAACGCUGGCUGCGCAACCGCACACCAUGGGCAAACGACACGUUGACUGCCAUGACAGCAAGCGCUCUUGGCGACCCCGCCGUCAUGGCACUCGAACUGUUCCGGGACGUGCUGCGCGAUCUCGGCGAGGACGAGGUUGGACCAUUACCACCUUCGCCUCCGCCGAGUGGAUGA